CUUUACAAACGAUACGUAGCAGUUUUGCAGGUGUUGAAAUUGAAGGUGUUCAAAAACACCAAGAAGGUGAUGAUGCCCAGGGACUCGAGGGGACCCUUUGGAUUCACCCGUUUGAAUUGGCCUCCGACCUGAGUCAAACGGGGAUGGGAGAUGGAAUCCAUCGUUUGAAUGCGCUUUAAAUUGCAAGAGAGGGCUUUCGUGCACUACCCUACCUCACAACCAUCCAACAUGGUCGCCCGUGUCUGCAAGCUCCUUAUCAAGGAUCCCGACCAUCCCAACAAAGUCUACCAUCAGUGGGCGACAACGAUUUCGCCUGGAACUAAGCCUGAAACGUUCAGGGGGGAUCUUCUCCCCGAGACGGACUCCACCGUCAAUUACAAGCUCUCUGUGGACCCCGAGGACCCCGAGGACCCCGUGGAGUAUUAUUCGCCGGAGCAGGUUCUGGCGUUUGCUCUCGAGUACCUGGCCAGCGGCUCUGACGGGCCCGCCUGCCCCCUUCCCUGCGCCUCGUGGGAUGCGGAGAAGCAGAGGCUGACCCUCACCAUUGUGCGCGAGUCCAAGCAGGACCCCAUCAAGAAGCCCAAGAAGAGCAACGCGAAAGAGCCCAUCACUCGCGUGCGAACGCCGGACUCCGCGCUGUUCAUGGAGGCCGUCCGUCGCUUCUACCCCUUCGCCAAGCGCGGCCCUGGCGAAGGCCCCCGCCUGCUCAACACCAGACUGGCCGCCAAUGGCGAGUUGAAAAAGUAUUGGCAAGACAAGAUGGCCGCGGCCUACGCCUGGAGCCUGAAGCGAGGCAUCACGUUGUCGCGCGAAGACUUCCAGGCCGACUGGACAAAGAAGGCAACCGACUUCAACGCCAAGCGCACCACUUACGAGAAGACGACCGCAGCCGCCCGCGCUGUCAAGGACAAGAACCAGCCCAAGAAUGAGCGUGGCUGGUACAAGAACGCAUGGCGCAGCCAGUGGGGCAAGAUGUGGGACGGCUACAAGCGCGACCCUGUGCGCUUCACGGCUGGCGAGAAGCAGACGCUGACGGAAGAGGAGGUCGGUCUUUGCAAGGAGCUUGAGUCUUUGCUGCCAAGCCGGGCUUCCGCGAGCGUCAAGGACGCCAAGGUGUCCUACGGUGCCAUCGACGCCGGGGGCCUUCUGGGACCGCUGGCCAAGGCCUUGAGCGGCCUCUCUUCAAAGACCAAGCGCUCCUCUCUGGGGUCCACAGGCGCCGUCGACGUCGCCGCCGCACCCCAGCCCAGCCCGCCCAUGCCCCCGCCCAUGCCCCCGCCCAUGCCCCAGUCCAGCCCAGGCGCCAUCGACAAGCUGGCCGCGGCGGGUGCCGAGCGCGUGAAGGCGCUGGGCGACAAGAAGCGGACGGAUGCGAAGAAGCGCAAGGAUGAGAGGACGGCCGAGGCGCCAGCUAAGAAGCACAAGGGCGAUGAGGUGGUAGCCCCGGCUGCCAAGGCCAAGACCGAUGCCAAGACUGCCGCUGAGGGCAAGGCUGCCAAGGUUCCGGCCGCGAAGGCUGGCAAGGCCGCCAGGGGCAAGGCCGCCAGGGGCAAGUAGACUGCCGAUGCUGGUGCUACAUGGAUUGUACAAUGUUCGGACUAGGCCUAGUACGGCUUAUUCUGGACUUAGCUACCGAGCAUUAGGAUGUUUGGACCCUGUGUAGACCACCUAGCGGUAGUAUGUUUGGACCCUGUGUAGACAUCCACUCCAGCAUGAGCGAGUGGCAUUUGAGGACUGCUGUGCUGCAUGUGCAUGACAGUGAGACUGUGAUGGGCGACAGAGCGCCUUUGACUGUGAUGCACUUACUGUCAGAUCGUAGUUGCGUGGAAAGCGAGUGAGAUGGUCGGUUCAGGUAAUCCUGAAACAUGUGUGCAGCCAGGGUCCGCCGCAGAUGUGGGAUAGAGGCAGUGUAACGUGCUCUGGAAUGAAGAGUUUCAUGUGUUUCUCCGUGGAUUGUACGGUUCCCCCGUGUUUCUGUUUUCGAAUCGCGUCUCAAGACGCAGUGCGUCUCGUGCAUCGCGUGUGUGUGAGACGCGGCGCGUCUAGGGUAUCAGGCUAGCGUCUGGUGUGACGCAUCGCGUUAGCUAAGACGCGCUCUCCAUGCAAUUGUACCGCGUCACGACUCGCGUUCCAUUGCGUCUCGCAGACGCAGUGAAACGCGCUAUCUGCAAUGGUGCCCCGCUUCA